AUGUGGUAUUCUGACAGUACUCCUACACCCAAACCAAGCAUGGGGUAUAUCAACAGUAUUCCUACACCCAAACCAAGCAUGGGGUAUUCUGACAGUACUCCUACACCCAAACCAAGCAUAGGGUAUAUCAACAGUAUUCCUACACGCAAACCAAGCAUAGGGUAUUCUGACAGUAAUCAUACACCCAAACCAAGCAUGGGGUAUUCUGACAGUACUCCUACACCCAAACCAAGCAUGGGGUAUAUCAACAGUAUUCCUACACCCAAACCAAGCAUGGGGUAUAUCAACAGUAUUCCUACACCCAUACCAAGCAUGGGGUAUUCUGACAGUACUCCUACACCCAAACCAAGCAUGGGGUAUAUCAACAGUGUGAAGAAAUGA